GUGUUGUACGUAUGUGUGCUGUCGUCACUCUGUGUGUGUGCUCGAAGAUGGCGCUGCAGAGGACGGUGGGGCGACUCUGGCGCAUCGGGGCAGAUUUAGGGGUCAAAAACAACGCCAGGCCCUUUAUCACAGCAGCUGUAUUAUAUCGGCGGGCUGCUCCGCUGGGUCCCAUGCCGAACGAAGACAUAGACUGGCAGAACCUAGAAUCGCUGGAAAAAUAUCGUAGCUACACACGCUACCUCACAGCGGCGGAGGAGGCCAAUAAUAAAGAGGUGUGGUGGAAGACGUACAGGAAACAUGUAGACAAGCAGUCUGGUGCGGGUUUGGAGCCAGUGAACAUUGGGCUGCCUCACUGCCGGCCCUCUAGAACAAAGGAAGUUAGAGAAAGGAAGAGGGUGAUGAGGGAGAACAGGCAGAACCCUGACCUGGAGAGAGCCGCUCGUCUGCGUACCUUUCGCAUUCCCUUAGACAGAGUAAAAGCAGAAUGGGAGAAAACAAACGGACCUUACCACAUCCAGAGACUGGCAGAUCACUACGGAAUCUACCGGGACCUCUUCCCCAUGGCCUAUUUUGUGCCGAGAGUCAUGCUGAGGGUGACGUAUGGAGAUGACAACAGUGCUGCGGUGCAUUGCGGCAAUCAUUUAUCACCUACUCAGGCUUCAGUAGCACCUCACGUAAGCUUUGAGGCAGAAGAGAACUCUCUCUGGACGUUGCUUCUAACAAGCCCAGAUGAGCAUUUGCAGGAUGGUGAGCAGGAAUACGUUCAUUGGUUGGUGGGUAAUAUCUCUGGAAAUGCUGUACAUUCCGGGGAUGAAGUCUGUCAUUAUAUCGCACCGUUUCCGUCCAAGGGAACAGGCUUCCAAAGAUAUGUUUUCGUUCUCUUCAAGCAGGAGGCACAUGUUGACUACAGCAAUGAUGUCAGACCCUCUCCCUGUUAUUGUCUGAAGCAGCGAAGCUUUAAGACAGUGGAAUUUUACAAGAAACACGAGGGGCUAAUCACUCCCGCCGGGCUGGCAUUCUUUCAGAGCCAAUGGGACGAGUCGGUCACCAGCACCUUCCACACACUGCUGAAUAUGAGAGAGCCGGUGUUUGAAUACGACAGACCUCCUGUGUACCACCCACCCCAGCGCAAAUACCCUCAUGGACAACCACUCCGAUACAUGGACCGCUACAGAGGUGGAAAAGAACACACCUAUGGGAUUUAUUAACCUCACAAUCCAUAAGUUAGAAAGUUUCAAGAACUGCAGUUUAAAAAUGUAUUAAAAGAUAGAGAGAAAACCAACUCCUACCCAUCUGACCAAAACCUGGUACACUGUCCCAUCAGAUACACAGCACUUAAAGCUUUCGUCUUUGAGAGAGAGAGAGAGAGAGCAGAAAAUCAGACUCUGCUCAGCUCUUCCACAGGUGUUUCUGUGCAUCCUUCCACUGUGAGAGGAAAACACUGUGGGUCUGAAAGGAUGUGUAGCUGCCAAGAGGCCCUGAGAAAAAGAAACAGAUGGGAAAAGUGGAAAAUUUGCAUUUCCUGGUGUUCUCAGAACAAUUGACUGUUCACUCCAGUGUCCAGACCUCCGCAUCAAGUGUGUUUAGGAUUGCUCGGCUUGUCAGAAGCAGAAAAUGCAACCAGCUUCUAAAACUGAGCUUUGCAGGUAUGGAAAAAUAUCCCAGCAGGUUUCUUUGAAAGCAAGUCUCCCAAAAAGAAUAGUGGCUAUAAUAAAAGCAAAGAGUGGACACAGUGAGUACUGAAAACUUGGAAAAGUUGUGUUUUUUCCCCCCAUGAAUAACUUCUACUUAAUGGUCCUUUUGACCAGAUAUAAAAUAAAUGAAGGGUGGUCUCUGA